CAGAGUGACAAACGGAGUGACCUGCAUCUCACGACUCGAUUCACUUUUCUUACCCGCAACCCGCCGAGGCAGAGUGUACAUAAGGAGACGUAGCAUAUAAAUGAUAUUCGCGAAAGUGAUAGUAAAUAGUUUUAUUUUAUAGAAGCGUUGCAAACCGUUAAUCAAAAGUUUUGUAUUAAUAGGCGCUGUCGAUAGACAUGUAAAACGAAUAUAUAUAUAUAGAUAUAUAUAUAUAUAGCGACGACAGAUGCGCGGCUUCGUUGUAACAAUCUCACUCGUGUGGCAAAAAUGUAAAUGAAACGGGCCGCGGAAAGCACUCGUGGUAGCUAAUCUAGUGCGAGGCAUGCGUUUCAACGAUGGUGCGCUAUCCCGUCUGCCUUGGACGUUACGUUAGGGAAGCUAUGAGAAAUGACGCGGGCCUGAGCGAGCGACAACUGCGAGCGUUAUCGAGGGACGAAGGAAGAUCUCGCAGGAAACUGUGGCAACGGUGCGCCGAUAUGACGUUAAUGGCUCCGGGAGAGGACUAUCCGUCUCUGUGUCGCGUAAGCGGAACGACGGCGGGCGUGUCGAUUAAAACGUGAGAGUAUGAAAGGAAGCACACGUAGCGAGACUCUUUAGGGGCCAUGCCCCCCGGGGCGAACGGCGGGGCAGAGGGCCUGGGCCCGACCUGUUCCGAGAUACACAACAGUCAGGAUCACGCUAUAGCCAAACUCACGCCUCCCCCUACGUUCGUUCAGCAAUGCUACAGACACCUCAAGAGCUCUGGCGUCGGCGAGGCGAGCGUGUAUCACGCGCUGGUUGUAAUAUUUCUGGAAUUCUUCGCAUGGGGAUUGCUCACCAUGCCUAUUAUUAGGGUACUGAACGAAACAUUUCCGGAUCACACGUUCCUGAUGAAUGGCUUGAUAAUAGGAAUCAAAGGGAUCUUAUCUUUCCUCUCCGCGCCACUGAUCGGUGCCCUCUCCGACGUAUGGGGUCGAAAAUUUUUUUUACUCAUCACAGUGGCCUUCACAUGCGCACCAAUUCCCCUAAUGAGCAUCAACACGUGGUGGUUCUUCGCCAUGAUCUCCAUCAGUGGCGUAUUCGCUUGCACAUUCUCAGUGGUGUUUGCAUACGUUGCGGACGUGACGGAAGAGAAUCAAAGAUCGCUCGCGUACGGCUUGGUGUCGGCAACUUUUGCCGCGAGUAUGGUGAUAAGUCCAGCCUUGGGUGCUUAUAUCAUGAAGACAUACGGAGAAAAUCUUUCCGUGGCAUUAGCAACGGCGAUCGCAGUCUUGGAUGUGUUUUUCAUAUUAGUGGCCGUACCUGAAAGUUUGCCUGAGAAAACACGUCCGCCGGCGCCCAUAUCGUGGGAGCAGGCCGAUCCGUUUGCUGCUCUUGGAAAGGUUGGCAAAGAUCAUACUAUUUUAAUGCUGUGUGUCACUGUGUUCCUGAGUUACCUCCCUGAAGCGGGACAGUAUAGUUGUAUAUUCGUUUACUUAAAAUUGGCCAUGGGUUUCUCCAAUCUUAUGGUAGCAAUAUUUAUCGCCGUGGUGGGCAUCCUGAGUGUGGGGGCGCAAAUUGUAUUAGGGCCCUUGAUGAGAACGCUCGGCAGCAAACACACUAUAAUGCUCGGUCUGCUGUUCGAGAUGUUACAGCUCAUGUGGUACGGAUUCGGCUCGCAAACAUGGAUGAUGUGGGCCGCUGGAGUACUUGCUUCUGUAUCAAGCAUCACGUACCCCGCGAUCUCCGCGUUCGUAUCCAUGCAUUCGGACGCCGAUAAACAGGGAUUGGUACAAGGUAUGGUGACUGGGAUGCGUGGUCUCUGCAAUGGACUCGGACCUGCUAUGUUCGGUGUCAUAUUUUACCUCUUUCACGUCGACCUGAACGACGACACACCCAACCUUCCCUUGAAACCGUUCGUGGACGAAACCAACAGAACGGGAACUAGUACACAUCUUGACAUAAUGCCUCAGGUACAUACAUUAUAUCUGCAGCUUGUGCCGGGGCCGCCGUUCGUGUUUGGUGCGUUACUUGUGAUCUGCGCGCUGCUAGUAGCCGCAUUUAUUCCCGAAUCAAAUACAAUGUCAACAGGAUCGUUGCAUCACCCAUCCACUUCCCGGAGGCCCUCCGGUAAAUACGCAUAUCAGAAAUGUUUGUCCUUGGACGUUCAGUACGAGGCAGACCGAGUGGGAAGUGGAAGAGGAAAGAUCGGUCCGCUGUCACCACUAGUCGACAAUUGUAAUUCCGCCGCGCUAUAAUGUCUAUUGAAAAAUGUAAGACAAGCCAUAUAGCGACGAGAAUACUUUAGCCAAUCGGUAAAACUUCCCUUAACCACCCUUAAUCAGAGGUGGUGAGGUCGUUACUAGGACUGGUCAUUUCCUUCGAAGGCUUCGACAUCCGAACUUUCGAAGCUUCGAAGUUGACUUGGAACUUUCGAAAUCUUUGAAGUUUCGAAGUUAUCAAAAGUAACAGCCCUAGUCGUUACUAUGAGAUGCACCUGAAUCGAAUCAGGCGACUGUAAUAGAGUUGUCUAUAUUGUAUUAUACUAUUUGUUUAAGGCAGUAACUAAGCUUGAUUUUAGGACUUAUCGAUGGAACUUAAUGUUUAGGUUGUGACAAAUUUGCACAAGCAGUGCUUGUGCGAUAAUACCGUGGGUUGAUCUCAGAGUCGUGUGUGAUCGUACGACAAGCGUGUUGCGAUUAAAAAAAAACGUAACAUUAGAUCUUCCUUUUCAAGAUUUUUGCGCCGACUAUUAAAUCAGAUGUAACAAUUUUACGCCAAGUAAUCAGUAUCAGUGACUCUUUAUGCAGCUCGCCAACGGCACAAAACGAUACAUCGGUGAAAACUGUAAUCCGUAAUUUAUUAGAUUUAUACCUUGAUCUUUUACUUUUGAUGUCGUAUCCUUUUCUCUUGUUUCUAAUUUAUGUUACCACUUUUUAUAUCAAGUGCUAAUGUAAAUUGCGCAACGUAUUUUUGCAUCUCCGUACAUUCGUAGCACUAGAAAUAGCUUUUACACAUUCCUUGUAAGCAUAAUUUUUACAUACAAAAGCAGCAUUAAUUGACAAUUGAAAAGGAUGCAAAUUCUUUGAAACGUAUUUUCCUUUUGUAUGAUAUGAUAAUUACUUAUCAUUCUUGUACAAUGUACAUCAUACACCAUAUAAUUUAGCUAUUUAUAAAUCAUGCGACUCGUUUCUUUCUGCACAAACUAUUUAUUUUAAUAGGUAGAAACUAUGAACAUAACGAGAAAGGCCUCAAUACUAGGAAGUUAUACAAAGUGAUAGUUUGUCAUUCAAAGACAAUGGUAGACGUUAACACUAUGAGUAAAAUGAGAUAUUAAUUAUUAAUUGAGAAUCAAUAGUUCUCUUAAAUUAUGUGUGUUAUAAUCGGAGACAUUGAUGUUAAAACGAAAAGAAACAUUUUAUAAUAGAAUAGAAUCUUGUAUAUAUUUUGCUUCUAUUUUAUAAAAAUAUCAAAACUUUUAGGAAAAGAAUAUGUUUUCGUGCAGUGGCAUUAUUGAUUUAUAUAAAAUUAUAAAUGCAUAUAUCAAAUUUUUCGAUUGUUUAAAUGAUGUGGUUUAUCUUUAAUUCGUGUGUUAUUAUUAGUAUGUUUUUAUAAAAUAUCAAUAGUAUAUUUACACGAAAAAUAGAACCAUUUCAAACUAACUUGUAGGAAACGACAAGUAAUUUUAGUUACUCUACUGAAUUGAUUUUAGUCAUUAUGAACUCGAUUAGUGUCGAUGAAAACCAAAGAGUGAUUAAUGACAAAUGCAAUUUAGUAAAAAAAAAAGAAGAAAAUAUGCAACGUGCUCUUUUCGCAAAUUUAAAAACCUCCCUUAACAAUUAUUAUUUCGUAAGUUUGCACACGUUUGUGAUUAUCUUCUGGAAAAAUUCCAAAUUACAUCAAUUAUUGGAUGAUAUUAAUACUGAAUCUUUUUAUAAAUAAAGGUAACAAAUAUGUAUUUGAUACAUAUUUAAUGUUAACUCCUUAUUUUUAUGUACGUCUGAAACAAAACAGUUUGCUAGAUAUUGAAGGUUUCAGUCGAUAUGGCUUAUAAUCUUUGUCGAAUGUAUUAAAAUUACGUGCGUUUUCUAGAACCUAGCUGUAUUACAGUAAAGUAUUACAGGACAAAGUAGAAAUCGUGAGGUGUAAACAGUGCAAUUGCAGUUCUAUAGUUUCUGUUUGUAUUUCCUUAGAGUUACUUACGAACUCGCUCUCGUACACUGAAGUAAAUAUACGCAAUUGUAUUAUAAAUAUACAAAGCAAACAGGAAGAUUAUAAUAUUAAGGAUAAAACAUAGAAUAUAAGUCUUGAUUCUAUUACGAAUCAAGUAAUUGUAUAUGUAUAAUGUACGAUGAAUGCAUUAAUAAAAAGUGAUUAUUUUUAA